AUGUACUCCGGCACGUUCCGCUGGCUCGAGACCAAGGCGUUUCCGCAGCUGCCGGCGUUCCCUGCGCGCGGCGUGGACUUCUCCGGGGGUUGGAAGGAGUUUCUGGCCUCGAGAAGCUGCCCCAGCGACCAUGUGGACUUGGUGGCCACGGCCACGUUCGACCCGUCGAUGCUGGACGCGCUGAGCUUCCCCGUCACGCUGCUGUACGUGGCGCAGCUGCUGCAGCUCUGCUCGGGCCCGGAGCUGCGCGUGCUGGUGGUGGGCGCCUCGCAGAAGGCGGAGCAGCGCGUGUGGCGCAUCACCAACUACUGGUGCGAGGUGGCCGCCUUCUUCGCUAAGGCCAGCGUCACGCUUUUCUUCAUUGGCCCCGAAGUCGACGAACAGGACGCCGCCAGACGCAAGGAGGAUCUGCCCGAGAACCUGACGGUCCGCCACUUCCGAGGGACGUUUGGAGAUUUCCAGGAUUCACAGGCCUUCAGCGACUGCACGCCCGGAUCUUCAAUCAUUGUGGGCUACAACACGGGCUUCGGCAACUUUGUGGACUCGAAUCGCCACGAGCUGCUCUUCAGUUGGCUGCCGGAUCUAUAUCGCAUCGCGGAUUCGGGGAUCCCCGCUAUCUUCACGUGCGCCAACGACUACGCAGAUAUGAACGGGGAGUUUGCUGUGCAGUCGCGCAUAAUUGGCGCCAAGAUGCUGCUACUGCCGAAGCAGAACCCGUUCAGCGCUGCCUCGCACCUUCAUGAGGAAGGUCAGCGCGACACGGCGUGGUCGCGCGGAAGCAGUUUCCUGUACGUUGUACGGGGCGUCAACAAGACAAGAAGAGUCGAGAUAGCCUCAGGAGACGUCGUAGCACUUCAGAAUCGACUGGAUGCUGAGCUGGACAUUCAUCUCGAGGACAGUUUGGGCCGGCACUUUUACAAAGGAAUGCGUGAGGACGAGGUUGUCGCCGCCGUAUUCGUGCCCAAGAUGAAGUCAGAGGAGCGGAUUGCUGUGGAUCUCUCAGAUUCCGUCUUGAGCGUUUUCGUGCCGGGGAAGUAUCUGUUCAAGACAAAGCUGCCUUUUCAAGUGGACCAAGGAGAUGGCUCGCUAGAAGCUGUGUUGACACUGCCUGUUCUCCGUGUUUCCUUGCGUAAAGUAUAG